AUGGUUGUGCGGGGCAGCAUGGACACCGGGGACGCCGUGGUGGACGUGCAGCUGGAGCCCUUCCUGCACCAGGUCGGCGGGCACCUGAGUGUGAUGAAGUAUGACGAGCACACCAUCUGCAAGCCCCUCAUCUCCCAGGAGCAGAAGUUCUAUGAGUCCCUGCCGCUGGCCAUGAAGCAAUUCACCCCUCAGUAUAAAGGCACCAUCACCGUGCGCCUCCAGAAAGACAGCCUCGGCCAUCUCAGCCUGGUCGCCAACCCACCCCAGGAGAAUGGGGGGUCUUUCAAGGUCUCCACGGAGUCGGCGGUGGCGAUAUGGCAGUCAAUCCAGCAGACCACGGGGGGCAGCAGCGGCGCCCGCCCCCUCGCCCAGUGGCAGCACGCCCAGCUGGCCCACUCGCUCACGGAGAGCCCAGCCACAGCACUCCUGAGAUCCGAGUUCCACCUCAACACCCAGGUCUCCUCCUUGGUGGAAGAUGCCGAGGGAUGCCAAGCCGAGAGGAGGAGCUUUAACCCGUGGGGCCUGCACUGCCACCAGGCCCACCUGACCCGCCUGUGUGCCGAGUACCCGGAGAACAAGAGGCACCGUUUCUUGUUGCUGGAAAAUGUGGUGUCACAGUACAAGCAUCCCUGCAUCCUGGACCUGAAGAUGGGGACCCGACAGCACGGGGAUGACGCGUCCGAGGAGAAGAAGGCCCGCCACAUGCGCAAGUGUGCGCAGAGCACCUCAGCCUGCCUGGGCGUGCGCAUCUGCGGCAUGCAGGUUUAUCAAACUGAUAAGAAGCAGUUUCUCUGCAAAGACAAGUACUAUGGAAGAAAACUCUCGGUCGAGGGGUUCAGACAAGCCCUCUAUCAGUUCCUGCACGACGGAACCCGCCUCCGGACAGAGCUGCUGGAACCCAUCCAGCAACAGCUCCGGGCCCUCCUCUCGGUCAUUAAGAGCCAGAGCUCAUACCGGUUCUACUCCAGCUCUCUCCUCAUCAUCUACGAUGGGCAGGAGCUGCCAGAAAGAACCUCGGGCGGCCCGCAUGCCCAGGAGGCUCUGCAGGCGGCCCACGGCAGCUCCCAGGGAGAGCUCGCCAAGGUUGACAUCCGGAUGAUCGACUUUGCUCACACGACAUACAAAGGCUCCUGGAAUGAGCACACCACCCAUGAUGGACCAGAUCCGGGCUAUAUUUUUGGCCUGGAAAAUCUUAUCCAGAUCCUGCAGGAUAUCCAAGAGGGAGAAUGA